GAUCCAUCAUUUCACAAGAACACCCACCGGACGAAUCAGCAGCAGGAGGAGCAACAAUAAUGUACAUGGAGCCAACCAAUUAUAGAUCAUCUUCUCAAACAUCUUAAUCAAUCUUCAUCUAUCCAUUUCUGAAUCUAUCGAUUACUUCUUCAAAUCAAAUAACAAUAUAAUUAAUGGCGACAUCCAAGUUCUCGUUUGGUGUGGCUCUCAUUUUCGCCAUCGCAUUUCCGGCGGCAGUUCACGCUCAGCCUUUAGCCCCCGCUCCUGCUCCUACCAGCGACGGGACAUCAAUUGAUCAGGGAAUAGCAUAUGUAUUGAUGUUGGUAGCUUUGGUGCUCACAUAUGUCAUCCACAUCCUGGAUUCUCCCUCUACUACCCUUAUCACCUGAUUGAUUAUGAGUUUGUGGUACCGUUAUGUAAUUAAAGUGUGGUUGUCUAUUAAUUGCAAUAGAACCGCAUUCAAUAAAUGGAAGACGUUAAAGCAUCCCAAU